CACGACCGCUUUUCAUGACACUGUAUCAUCUUCACGGUUACCGCAUAUAUCAGCUCGUCGUCUUAUAGAAAAGGCGGAAAGAUAUAUUCACAUCGAUGCACCAUGCAAAACUUUAAUGGGUGAUGUUUGUGAUUUUACUCCUGGUCAAAAUGGGUUUUCGGUUGAAAAGAAUGCAGAAGAAAUUUCUUUAUAG